AUGGCCGCCACGGGCGCGAGCUGCCAGCCAGGCCAGGCCGGAUCGGCACCGGCGAGCAGCCCACACACAGCCCCGCCGCCGUCACCCUCCACCCCCUGCGCGCUACCAAGCAAAAGCCGGCACCACCGAACCACCCGCCGCCACAUCCAACCGCCCGACCAGGCGCGCGUAGCCCCGCCACCCCACGCCGGUCCAGGCCUACGCAGCCGCCACAUCGUCCGCGCCCGCCCCGCGCCACAGGCCCGACCGCCCAAGACGCUGCCGCCGCGUCCCGGCGAUGAACGCCGCAUCCCGCGCUACGAGCGGCCACCCAGGAGGAAGAAGGCCCCGCCGCCGCCUACGCCAACCGGGCUUUUCCCGGCGGCGCGCGCCGGCGGUGGCGAGGAGGGGGAAGGCGAGGGAGCAUAUGAGCUCAGCCGCUACAAGGGCGCUCGCUCGCACGUGCCACGUAGGAUCGAACGCGACAAAAACGGCUCUCAGAAAAUAUCUCAGCUCGCGCUGCACGCGUUCCCCUUUCUCCCUGCUCGCACGCGACCUCCUCGUCUCCCUCGCUUUCGCCUCUGCUCCGCCGCCCCGCGCUGCCACAUCCCACUCGCCGACGUCGGCCUCGCCGCAGAAACGGCGGCUACGGCGGAGGCGGGCCGGGAGGGCGUGGUCUUGGCGGUGGUGGGCGUGGGUACAGCCCCGGCGGUGGGCGUGGUGGGAACGCGUGGGAUAGGGCCCGCCGGAAGACCCGGGGAUUACGCCCCGGUGAGGGCGCCGGCGCCGGCGCCAGCGUCUGCGGCGAGGAGGGUUGAGUCCGAGGAGGCGGGGGGCUCAUCUGGAUCCGUCGAACGCAUCAGCUCCAAAGAAGUGGCAAAAUUAGAACCAUUAGCGCCCCCAGUGCUGUGUCUCCCAAUGGCAUACGUGUGCCCAUGCAAAGACCUGAUGGUGGUGGAACAUUAUGUCAAGCCAGGGUCCAGCUUUUGGUAAACCACUUCAUAGUCAAGUACUCAAAGCUGUCAACCUUUUUUCACUAUGACAUAGAUAUCAAGUUUGAUCCAGCGCCUUCAAAGGUUUCUGGCAAGGAGCUCUCCAAUGCAGAUUUUCUUUCUGCAAAGGCCGAGCUUUUCAAGGAUGACAGCUUUCGGCAGCUUUCAUCGGCUGUUGCUUAUUAUGGAAAGAGAAACCUAUUUACUGUUGCACAACUGCCAGAAGGUUUAUUCCGUGUCAGAGUUUGUUCAAAGACCUACAUUGUAUCAGUAGAGUUCAAGAAGCAGCUUCCUCUAAGCCAAUUCUCGGAGCUGCCUGUGGCUAGGGAGAUCUUACAGGGUCUUGAUGUCAUUGUGCGUGAGGCUUCUAGCUGGAGCAAGAUUAUACUUGGUCAUGGAUUUUACUCACCACAAAGCAAAGCGGAUAUGGGGUCAGGUGUUGUAUCUAUGAAAGGAACCCAGCAGACCCUUAAACACACUCAGCAGGGACUGGUCCUAUGUGUCGACUAUUCAGUUAUGCCAUUUCGCAGAGAUGGACCUGUUCUGGAUAUUGUGCGGCAGUUUAUAAAGCCCCUUCCCCUUGACUACAGGACAACACUAAUUUUUUUAUUAAUAUAGCCUCUUUGAAAGUUGCUUGGCA